AUGCUCAAAACAAUUGAUCUCAACAUUAUCACAACAGAACAAGAACUUGUUCCAAUUAUCAAGAAUUGUCUACGGGACCGUGGCAUUUUUUUGUUGAAGAACUAUGCCAAUAUCGAAGCUGUUCGAACGCUUUUGUUGACAUUGAAGGACGAGCCACCCAACAUUGCUGAAGGCCUCAAUCAAAAUUUCACAGGCAGUGCACUGCUGGAAAAUGGGGUAAGUGUGGAGCAAUUUGUCGGAAAUCCUAAUGGAACGAGUUUUCAAAAAACCGCGCUAGGAAGACUCACUUCUAGGUUGAUCAAAAUAGCUAAUUUCUUUGCAAAUGCUAGUCUGGCAGCCGCAUGUCCCAAUGAAUCUCUUACGUUAUUAAAUGAUGUUAAAAGCUGCACUAAGAUAACAAGGUAUCACAAGUCAAUAUCUAAAUCUAUUUUAGAUUUAGAGUUUGACUACGAAGAUGAGUACGCUAUUUACAAUUCUCCCGGGGUCAUAACAGUUUUCCCCAUUGCUCAAGGAAUCAAAUACAACCUGAACGGGAAGUGGGAAUUACUAGACGAACCGGACUGCAUUUUAAUUCAGACCGGGGAUCUCCUUUCACAUUAUUCCAAUAAUAUGCAUAUAACGGAACCUAUUAAAUUCUCUACCACAAACACCACACAUCUUACUGUAUUUCCACCGUUGGAAACCAUGGUAGGACCUCAAACAAUAUCAAAUUUACUUUUGAACAAUCAGAUCGGGGAGUUUCCAGCAAUAAUUCAAAAACUAUAUCCGGAUGCAUAUGCCAAAGAAGCCCUGAAAAAAAGAGUAGAGUUUUGCAAAAACAUUUUCUAUGUCACGGAUUCGGUGUUGUCAUUGUAUUCCAUCUCAAGGUCUUUGCUGACGUCUGCGCCAGAGCUUUAUGUUCUUUUACCACAAAUAUCCAACAUGUUGAAGAGGAAAGUGUCGCAAGAAGACUUUCUCAGAAUGAUGACAAUCUGGAAUGAGUGCUACAUUCUAGAAGUGAACAGCAAUUUUGAGAUCACAAUAAGACCACCGCCCGGUGGCCUGCUCAAUGCGUUGUCCAGCAAGUCAAGAAAGUUGGAAUAUGCAGAAAAGGCAGACAAGUGGUUUACUUGCGCGAUUAGCGCUUCUCAUAUACCACAGAAUGUUCCUAUCCUUAGUAUAAAAAAGAGAAGAGGCAGUGAUGGCUCUUAUGAAGCACAAUCGGCCUCUGGCGACGUUGGCCUGACGCGGCCACUUGCACAGCCUAAAAAAACCAGAACAAGCGGCUAUAUUUCUAACACUAAAGAUAAGUUCAUGUUUAGAGAAGACAAAGGUAACUUGGGUAAUGCUUCUCUACUAGAAAGGAUUCGUGAGAAAGAGCGAAGAGCAUCCUCACUUCUUUCUCAAAGAGAGCGACAGCACGAACAGUUUCUUAACGUGAAGACGUUUCAAGUUUUUGACAUUUUAUUCUCACUCCCACAGGCUAAGCCAUACACAAUAACACACCUUACUUCGCUAAUUGUUGACAGUCUUGCCGACAGUAACAACCCUAUUGGGCAAAGCGAAACACACGAAGUACUAUCAAGGUUACAAUUGUUACUAAACGAUCGCAUUAACCUGGUUGAGACGGAAGGUUCUCUCAAAGUAUUUCGGUGGGUGGAUCUCGAUAGGAAAGUACUUUCUGAGAGGAUGAACGUGCAACCCUUAACUUAA